AUGGCGUGCGAACUCAGCGAUGCCAUGCAAAGGCUGCAUUUCAACGAACAAGACCUGCCCUUCGACGCCAUCGACGACAUCCUCAACAAGGUUGUCGACCUCCCCCCGAGGGACACCGACCCCGAUGAGUUGCGCGCCGAGCUAGAAGCCAAAUACCUCCACCCUUCGACCUCGUUCUCCUCCGAAUGGCUCGACAAGCUCCAGCAGCGCUGGGACAUCCCGACCGACUACACCCUCCUCUUCCGCGUCGCCCCAACCCAGACUCGUACCGUCACUCGCUUCAUUCGCCAUGGCCUUGAGGGCCGCGUUACGGGGUACCGCAACGUCACUGUCCCCGCGUCUCAUGCCACGGCUAAAAACAGCACGUCCAUGUUGCGCAAGCCCGCCGGGCGCGCCGAGUUUGUGCGUGGUCAUGCCGGCUUCUUCCCCUUCGCUCCGGGCGGCCUUGAGAGUAUCGAGUCGACGGCUGCGCUGGAGGAUCAGCUGCGCGCGUCGGGCAAUGAGGAGAUUGAUACUCGGAAGAAGCUGGAGAAGGUGAUCAAGUUGGGAGAGGGUGGUCUGCUUGAGGUUGCUCCAGGCCUGUCGCGGGGCAUUGACUUUUCCAGGAGGAAGAAGCUUGCUGAUGCUGAAAGCGAGAAGCAAGAGAGAGAGGUGGAAGAGGUACUGGACCAGGAGCCGGAAGCGGUUCCUGGCGCCGAGGAUGAAGACGGGGAGAAGCCGACGGCCAAUGGCGAAGAAGGCGAGCAGAACGAGGAGGAGCAGCAAGACGCUGAGGACAUCGACUCAAUCCUGCCCGUUGAAUUCCCCGCGCUUGAGCCUCGCCAUCCCCUGGCAGUUUCUAGUGCUAGAAAAGCUGGGCGCGAAUGGGCACAUAUGGUCGACGUCAAGCGAGAAAUUCCCAACUUCCGGGAGUUAGUGCCUGAUAUGGCCAGAGAAUGGCCGUUCGAGUUAGAUACUUUCCAGAAGGAGGCUAUUUACCACCUGGAGAACGGCGAUUCCGUCUUUGUUGCGGCACAUACCUCGGCAGGCAAGACUGUCGUGGCCGAGUAUGCCAUCGCCUUGGCAGCGAAACAUAUGACCAAGGCCAUCUAUACCUCGCCUAUUAAGGCACUUAGUAACCAGAAGUUCCGAGACUUCCGUCAAACAUUCGACGAGGUCGGUAUCCUCACGGGUGAUGUCCAGAUCAACCCUGAGGCUAGCUGUCUGAUCAUGACAACCGAGAUUCUGCGGAGUAUGCUCUACCGUGGAGCAGACCUUAUCCGCGAUGUCGAGUUCGUCAUCUUUGACGAGGUUCACUACGUGAACGACUACGAACGUGGUGUAGUCUGGGAAGAAGUCAUCAUCAUGCUGCCGGAGCACGUCUCCUUGAUUCUGCUCUCGGCUACUGUCCCGAACACCUACGAGUUUGCCUCGUGGGUCGGCCGGACAAAGAAGAAGGACAUCUACGUCAUCUCCACACCGAAGCGUCCCGUCCCCCUGGAGCACUACCUCUGGGGUGGCAACAAGAUCUUUAAGAUCGUCGACUCGGAGAAGAAGUUCAUCGAGAAGGGCUGGAAGGACGCGAAUUCGGCCAUCCAAGGCAAGGACAAGCAGAAGGCGAUCGCGCAGCAAUCUGCGCCCCCGGCUCGCGGCGGCGGCAACCAGAGAGGCGGCCGUGGCGGUGCCCAACGGGGCGGCAACCAGCAGCGGGGAGGAGGGAGAGGCGGCGGACAGCAGCGCGGCAGGGGCGGCCCUCCACGUGCUAGUCAUGCUCCGGGACAUCUUGGGCGGACUGGCAGGCCAGGUGGCUUUACCACAGCUAACCAGGAUAAGACUCUCUGGGUCCACCUGGUGCACUAUCUCAGGAAGGAGAACCUCCUGCCGGCGUGCAUCUUCGUGUUUUCGAAGAAGCGCUGUGAAGAGAAUGCUGAUGCCUUGAGCAACCAAGACUUCUGCACUGCGCAGGAGAAGAGCUUGAUUCAUAUGAUUAUUGAGCGGUCGAUCGCCCGGUUGAAGCCCGAGGACCGCGUGCUCCCUCAGAUCUUGAGGGUACGCGAGAUGCUCCAACGUGGUAUUGCUGUUCAUCAUGGCGGUCUGCUGCCGAUUGUCAAGGAACUCGUCGAGAUUCUGUUCGCUCAAACCCUGGUGAAGGUUCUCUUUGCUACGGAAACCUUCGCCAUGGGUCUCAACCUCCCUACCAGGACCGUCGUCUUCUCCGGGUAUCGAAAGCAUGAUGGUCACCAGUUCCGGAACCUCCUCCCUGGCGAGUACACUCAGAUGGCUGGCCGCGCAGGCAGACGCGGUCUCGACAACGUCGGCUACGUCAUCAUUGUUCCUCCGGGCGGCGACGAGGCUCCUCCCGUCUCCGACUUACGGCAAAUGAUCCUCGGCGAGCCCAGCAAGCUCCGCUCACAGUUCCGGCUUACGUACAAUAUGAUUCUGAAUCUUCUUCGUGUCGAGGCGCUCAAGAUCGAGGAAAUGAUUAAGCGCAGUUUCUCCGAGCACGCUACCCAGCAACUGCUACCCGAGCACGAGAAACAGGUCAAGUUGUCCGAAGCCGAUCUGGCCAAGGUCAAGCGGGACCCAUGCCAAAUUUGCGAUGUGCACAUGGAUGAAUGCCAUGAUGCUGGAGAGGAGUGGAAGAAGCUCACUGAAGACCUCUACCGCGGGUUGCUGGUCAACCCGCUGGGCAGGAAGAUGUUUUCGCCUGGCCGGUUGAUCGUCUGGAUGAAAGAAGGCGUGCGCACGCCAGGCAUCCUCCUCGCCGAGGGUGCCAGCGUCAAGAGCAGCGCACAGAGCCCAACACUGCACGUUCUCGAGAUUAGGACGAAUCGCGAGCAACGCAACGACACCGAUCUGCUGCCCUUUGUGCCGGCCUUCCGCAAGCACUUCACUCCGCUGCCCCAAAACAAGCGGCACAUCUCGACCAAGACGCUACACGUGCCGAUCAGCGACCUGGUAUGCCUCACCAAGACGGUCACCAAAGGGGUGCUACCGGACAUCUUCGGCGGCGACGGCUACCAGAAGGCUAAGGAACGGCUGCACAACAUCUGCCGGACGUGGAACUCCGACAUUUGGGACGAGAUCGACCUGGGCCGCAUCCGCAGCCUGCAGAUCCAUGAGAUCCUCCAGAAACGGCGCGAGGCCGAGAUCAAGGUGACUAAGUCGCCAGCCGCCACGGACUGUCGUCUCUUCCUGAAGCACUACGCGAUGUGCCACGACCAGUGGGUCAUCAAGACGCACAUUGCCGAGCUGCGCAAGCAGCUCUCGGAGCAGAACCUGCAAUUGCUUCCCGACUAUGAGCAGCGCAUCCAGGUACUCAAGGACCUGUCGUUCAUCGACAACGAGACGCGCAUCCAGCUCAAGGGCAAGGUUGCCUGCGAGAUCCAUUCCGGCGACGAGCUCGUGCUGACAGAACUGAUUCUUGAAAACGUGCUGGCCGACUACGAGCCCGCUGAGAUCGCGGCACUUCUGUCGGCAUUCGUGUUCCAGGAGAAGACUGAGUCCGUACCAAGGCUGACAAGCAACCUGGAGCGUGGCAUGAAGAAGAUCAUCGAGAUAUCGGAACGCGUCAACGCCGUGCAAGAGCUGCAUCAAGUCAUCCAGACGAGCGACGAAGGCAACGAUUUCGUCAGCAAACCGCGCUUUGGGCUGAUGGAGGUAGUCUACGAGUGGGCUCGCGGGAUGAGCUUCAAGAACAUAACAGACCUGACGGACGUGCUGGAGGGCACGAUUGUGCGGACUAUUACACGGCUGGAUGAGACAUGCCGUGAGGUGAAGAACGCGGCACGUAUCAUUGGCGAUCCUGAUCUCUAUCAGAAAAUGGCGGCUGCGCAGGAGAUGAUCAGGAGAGAUAUUACCGCCGUGGCGAGCUUGUACAUGUGA